AACCUCCACCACCACAACCACACACACGCACCAAAGCGCCCAUCCCCACUUCUUGCUGCCGGUUGAACCUGCGCGGCAUGCUGGCGCUAGGUACCCGCAGAGACGCAGGCACUCCUUCACUCCAUUGAUCUCCCACCUCACCAACCCGGCAGCUUCCUCGCCCUGUCCUGCUGUUCGCCAUGGCCAAAGGAGAGCUCAUCACCCUCGGCGCGGCUGCCACCGCUCUCGGAGGCGCCUACAAGCUCGCCGAGUUCCUCACAAAGGCCAAGCGCGUUCGUGAUGUCGGCCCCUCCAACGCCGUCUACGUGCGCAUCAUCGGUCGCGUCCGCUCUGAUCUCGAAGAGGUGCGCCGUCUGCUCUCGGUCCGCGAAAUCCACGACAUCCUCGAGGCCAACCACGAAAAGUCCAAAUGGGUCUACGGCUGCAUGCGCGAUGUGCGCGGCGCCCUCGAGAACAUUGCCCCUCACACCGAGCGCGUCGCUGGCGACAUUGAGGACGGCCGCCGUGUUGGCAUGAGGCACCGUGUUUACUGGCUCAUCAGCGAGAAGGAAAAGCUCGAGAACAGGGAAAAGGAACUCGUAGUUGCCCACAACAGUCUCCGCGAGGUCCUCGGCUACUUGACCACUCUGGAGCCCAUUGAGGAGCCCCACAAGCCCAAGAAGGACAAGAAGGAGAAGAAGGAGGAGACGCACAUCGACAUUGAGAUUCAUCAAGAGGCUCCCCCUCCUCCCCCUCCUGCUCCCGCCCAUGCUCCUGCUCCUGCUCCUGGCCACCACACUACCCAUACGACGCACAUUGACCGGGACAUCUACAUUGAGCGCGAUGCCGGUGCUCCCAGGCGCGUUGAGGAACACCGCGAUGUCUGGGUUGAGCGCGACCACCAGCCGCCUGCCCACUACCAGGAACACCGUGAGGUCUAUGUCGAUGAACGCGAGCGUGGCCCCCAGUACUACGAUGACCGUGGCCGUGGUCCUCCCCCUCCUCCCCACCACCACCACGAUGCCCACUGGGAACACCACGGCCGUGAGCCCCGCUACGAGUCCCACUACGACGAGCGCUUCGAGCAGCAGGACCACUACCGUUCCCAGUAUCCCAUUGAGACGCGCGAGACGUACCAGCAGAACCGCCUGUACCCGGAGCCCCUAGGUCGUCCUGCCGAAGCCUUUGAGGAACGUCUUCCCGAGCGCGAAACUUGGCACCAAAGCAGCGCCCGCAACCAACGCCCAGGUCAGUACGGCCCCUACGGAGCACAGUAUGCCGAAUACGGUGCCCCUCAGCCUAUUGGCGCAGCCCACUACGCCCGUAGGUUCAAAGGAGAUCCAGGCUUUGGCGACGAAGAAAUACUAAAUCCGCAACCAGUGCCGUUGGACAGGAAGUACGCCGAACGCGAGAUGUGGAUUGAACAAAAGGAGGACUACCGCUUCGAUCAGUAUGGGAACCGCUUGCCGGAUAGGAUGUUCCAGCCACCUGUUCCUCGACCCUAUCGCAGCCGCAUGUGAAAAUGGCAUGCCUUCUUGGUUACGAUCAAAUCUCGUUUUCACUGUUAUGAGCCUCUUUGUUCCCCCCUUAGUGUCUAAACAUGCAACCCCCACACCCACACACCCGAGCCCAAUGUUUUUAUGUAGUUGAAAUUCAAGUUGAUACCUCCCCCCCCCCUUUAAUUAUAUGUUCCUCUUUGCUAAUUCAAUCAUGUGUCAUGUUAUUGUCAUUC